AAGCUGCUGGUUAACACUACAAAUACGGACAAAAAGAGAGAAAAGGGUGUUCAUUACAGUUUACUGUUAUAAAUUGAGGUUUUUUAAAACUAUUGCUUGGUCUCCAUCCUGUCGCGUUUAGGAUAUUCGUUUAUCCAGAGUAACUGCGCUAAGUUUGUUCUUUCGUCUGCGCCUUAGCUGUUUUUUUUUUUAUUAAAUCCAAAAUUCUGUCAUCGUUCCAAAACGACGCGUCUUCGUGGACGACGGGCGUGUGCGCAGUAGCUUGCCGAUGUAGCAGAUGGUUACAUACGUAGUAAACGAAAAAUCAGUAGAGAGCUUUUAUGUGGUGAGUGAAAAUGGAUCUACAGCAAUGAAUAAAUAAACAGCGUGGUAGUAAAACUCAAGUGGACAAACGUGCAGCUCGGUCAGUCGUGACUUAGGUUCAGGAGGGGAAAAAAGCCUACGCAUGAAAGAUCGUUUCAAGUCAGUCAUAUGAAGACCAGCCGCAUAAUCGCUUUCAUAAUGCGGGCGUGAGUAACAUACCAGAGUAAAACGGAGGGGAACUGAGUGUAGCCUAACGGAGGGCCAGUUUGCGGCUCGCCACCUUAGGCUCGACGUCCCCGACAAGCGGGGAAGUGUGUUAUCGAGACACCAGUAUGUCGAACCGAAAGCACCGGGACAACCAGGAGAUAUGUGCCCGCAAGGUACGGGAGCUCGCCCAAAUAGGAGCGAAUAAACACUGCUUCGAGUGCAGUCAACCUGGGGUGACUUACAUCGAUAUUACAGUUGGCUGCUACGUUUGCACAUCAUGCUCGGGAAUGCUGAGGGGGCUCAACCCGCCCCACAGAGUCAAGUCCAUUUCCAUGACAACCUUUUCCCAACAGGAAGUAGAGUUUUUGCAAAACCAUGGCAACGAGGUUGGGAAGAGGACCUGGCUCUGUACAUUUGACCCAAAGAUUGAUGGCUGCUUUGACACACGCGAUUCACAGAAGUUUAAAGAAUUUCUUCAGGAUAAAUACGAGAGAAAGAAAUGGCAUUUCUCUAAGAGCAAGACCAGGAGAGAUGUGGAAGGUCCGUGGAGCCCGGGGGUUCAGGCUGUGCCUGUUCCCCAUGGCCCUGCUCAGAGUCAGCCUCCCCUUGGGCAUGCCCUGAACCCCAUUGCCAGGCCAUCACGCACGCUGUCUCAGUCUCAGUUAUCAGCGUGGGAUAGACCUCCAGCUGUGUCUCCAGCUGAUGUCCGUACAGAGAUGUUUACAGCUCGGCCCACUCGAUCACAGAGCUUCAGAGACCCCACCAUUAAAGAUUCAUUAUUAGGUGGGCUGGAGAGGCAGAGGCCAGGGACAAUUUCACCAGGAAUGGGACCCCAAAGCCGCCUCCCCUCUUUCCCAGCUCUCCCCCGUCCUUCAGCAAGUAGCACUUUCAAAAACAGCUUCACACUAGGUCGCACAAUCUCCUCAGGAGGUGGAGGUCCCUUCAGGGCAUUUCCUAAAUCUCUGAGCCUGGAUCUUGGCGGUCGUGGCUCCGCACACAGUGUCCUGAGCCCUUCGGCUCCGCCCCGUGUCUCUCAGGAUAGGUAUUGCUGCCCGUUGUCUCAGCUUGACAAGGCCUUUUCCAACAGCACACCUGCCACAGUCGUUUCCACAGCUCCCUCUAGUGGCCCACCACAAUACAGCACCCUGUUUGGCAACAGGCUCUCUUCUAGUUCCACACCGGCAAGCUCCCCAGGUGUUCCAGAGGUCACUUCUGCUUCUCAGACAUUUGCAAAUUUUCCCAAUCCAUUCAGCUCUGCAGCCAGUACCUCUCAGCCUGCUCUAUCACCAAGUAAUCCAUUCAACAGUACAGCCAAAAGUGACUGCAGUACAGUUGUGACACCCUCUUCAUCAGCUUUCUUUCCUCACUCCGACUCCUUCCCUGCCCAGAAUGCUUUUCCACACGAGCGAACCAAUAAGCAUGAGGCAAAUGGUUUCACUUCUUUCCCUAUGACUGAGUCAACCACCAAAGUCCAGCGACCGAUGUCUGUCAACCCAUUUACUGGGAAUGUUUACCCCACCAGAGGAGCGUCACUGAACCCUUUCAUCUGAUCCCACUACCCUUCGGCUACAGAGAGAGAGAGAGAGAGAGAGAGAAUAUAUGUAUGUGAGCAAGAGACAGAUAACUCUAAAGAACUGGUGCCAUUUCAAUGCCUCUAAAGAAUUCCCCUUUCAGAUAGAAGGAAAAUACACAUGCCUGCCCAGUCUUCUUAGUGUAGGUUAAUGUGUGUGUAUUAAAGAGUGUAUUACUUAUGUCUAUAUUCCCAAUGUGUGUGUGUGUGUGUGUGUGUGUGUGUGUGUGUGUGUGUGUGUGCACAAACUACAAAUCGAAGGUUUGUGUAUGUCUGUGUAUGUUUGUGUAUUCGUUUGUGUGGGUGGGUGUAUUCAUGCCAUACCUUGGAUGUGUUUGAUAAUAGAAAUCAACUCAUGGUAUAAUAGCAAGAAGAUAUUCAUGUUAUUGUUCAGGUACACACAUGCAUAUAUACACACACAUGUACACACACACACGCACUUAGCCCUAUAGACAGCUGCUUUUACUUCUGCUUCUGUCUCAUCUCAAAACCUUUUCUAGUCUUUAGCCUCCACCCAACUAAGCUGUGUUUCAGCAAAGACUCUUACGUAUCAAGUUCCAGGCAUUAAAGAAAUGCAGAGGGCAGCAGGCAACUUGUGCUUCAUAUAACCUGUACAUUUUUCCUUAGCUCUGACUGGCCAGCCUUCAGUUCUCCCAAUGCAUGUUAAUAGGAGUGUGUUAAUGAAUCAGUCUUUUUCAUGUGUUUGUGUAUGUAUGUGCAGCAUUUAGCAUUUAUUUCAACAUGAGCAUUUAGUUUUUUUUAAAGAUCGCAUUUUAAAGCAUUUCUAUGUGUGCGGUCAGACUGCAUGCACACCAGGAGUGAGAAGCUGCUGAAUGUACUGCAUUUUCAGCGAUCUCUAAAAGUCUAACUCAUGUAUAUGGACCAAAUAUUGUCAUGUUCCUGUACAUUUUUUCCUCCCAUUUUUCUUUAAUUUUUGUACUGAUUCAUUUAAAAGGUUUUUGUAAAGAGAAGUGUUCAUAAAAGGCUAUUCAUAUUUGUCAGUGUGCAUC